AUGCUAUUAUAUAUCAUCAUAGCAUUUCUUUUCGUAGUCUAUUUUGCAAUAGGAGUAAUGCUGUAUAAACGAAGGACCGAAAGAAAUAUAAAAUCAAGAUCUCCAGUACUCAUAUACAUUACACACUGGUCAAACCUAAUAGAAACAUUACUUGCAAUUCCUAUCCUAACCCCAAAAGACUUUAAUUUAUACGAUCUUGACUAUUACGAAAAUCGUCUCUAUCAAGAUUCAGCCCUUAUUUCUCAUUAUCUUGUAUUUUUUCCUUAUAUCUUGAGAUGCUACAGAUUAUAUUUUGUAUUCCACUUAGAUAAAGAUUGAGAAAUCCAAAACAACAUGUUUAAAGAGAAUAUUCAUAGGACUCGACAAAGAUGACUUGUCAAAAUGCUCUGUUUUUGCAUGAUUCCUAUAAUACUUAUAUCUGUUGUAUUUUUAUUUUGGCCAAAUGCAAGUGAAAUUUUCCCGUUAAAUCUAAGUAGGCCUUCUAAUAAUGGUAUAGAUAUUCCAGACUGCGUUUAUAUCAUGGCAUGCUUCACCGAGCAGCUGGUUUUGAUAAUUGGGAUUUAUCUAAUAAAAGACGUAAGCGAUGACUUUAACAUGAGUAAUGAGCUUAUAUAUGUUGGUUUCAUAUGAUUUUUGACACCAGCAUUUUCUAUCUAUAUUAGAUCUUAUCAAAUAGUUUGGGGAAUUCCUUAUAUUUUAAGAAAUAUUUUACUUAUGCUAAGAUCAUCUUUAGUACCAAUUAUUUGUUCAUAUUUCAAUAAGCCUUUAUUUGAGCCUCUUACUAUAGAAAUGUUAAAUUCAUUAGAGCUAACUUUACAAAAUGCAGCGACUUUGGAAGCUUUUGAAGAGUUUCUCAAGCUUGAAGAACUCACCACAACCAAAAGCUUCGGGUCAAUAAAUACAGGAUCAGGGUUAAGCUUGCUUGAGUUUUAUUUAAAGUGUAGGCUAUUUGCAAAUAAUGGAAGCUCACAGCUAGCUGAGAACAUAUUUUCUGAGUAUUUGGAAAAUAAAGUGGUUCAUAUCCCUGCUGAGAUUUACCUUGAAAUAGAAGAUGGUGAUUUUACUGAUGCUAAUUUAUUUAAUAAGGCUGAAAGUGUUGUGAUUGAGAAAUUAAAGUCAUAUUUUUAUCCAAAAUUUAUGGCUAGCGAUCAGUACCUCUUCCUGAAAAGGUUAAUACAUAGACAAGAAAUUUAUCAAUUUAGGUUGAUGCAGACUUCUCUUCAUGAGUUUCAAAUUAAUGAGCAUAAAAAAAUGGUCGUUGAAUGCGAUGAUUGGCCUGUACCUACCCUUGAUUAG